AUGGCAAGCACCUUGCGUGAGAUCCGUCGUCAGCAGCGUGCGGACGGGCAUGCGGCCGUGCUGGCCAUUGGCACGGCGAACCCGCCCAGCUGCGUGUUCUAGGACGAGUAUCCCGACUACUACUUCCGUGUCACCAAGAACGAGCAUCUCACUGAUCUCAAACACAAACUCAAGACAAUGUGUGAGAAGUCGGGCGUGGAGAAGCGUUUCUUCCACCACACGGAGGAGCUACUGGCCGCCCACCCUCAUUUCCUCGACCGCCGGAAGCCGUCCCUCGACGACCGUCUCAGUAUCGUGGCUGCCGCUGCUCCGGCGCUCGCCGCGUCAGCCGCCACCAAGGCCAUACAAUUUCACCUGGCGGCGGAUAACAUCGAACAAUGUCUGUCGGACGCAUUCAAUCCGCUGCUUGGAGUUGCCGGUGUUGAAUGGAAUGACCUCUUCUGGGCAGUGCACCCUGGCAGUACCAGUGCCAUCUUGGACAACAUCGACAUUGCCCUCCGGUUGGAUCCGGGGAAGUUGGAGGCGAGCCGGACUGUGCUGAGGGAGUACGGCAACAUGCUUGGCGCGACGAUCUUCUUCGUGCUCGAUGAGCAGCGCCGGCGGAUGGAGGAGGAAGGAGAAGGGGGUGAGUGGGGUGUGCUGAUGGGAUUUGGACCUGGGUUCACUAUUGAGACCAUGGUGCUGCAUGCUACUAGCGAUCUCAAGAACAAAUUAGCACUUCAUGAAGAUCGUAUCGAAUAAAAUCACCAAUUGUAGUUAUGUUAUUCCGUAAAAAAAACACAGUUAUGUUAUUGUUACAGCAUUGCAGCUUCACCUUUUGGUGGCUCUGUGCGGAUGUUCUUUUAGAAGGACAGAGACCGAAAU